CACAAUGGGCUGAACUGUAAGUUUUAACGCACCAUGUAAGAAUGUGUGUGUGCGUGCGUGUCCGCGUGGUAAUAUGAAUGUGUGUGUAUGUACGUGUGUUUAGUUUUGAGUUUUCAGUCCUUGAAUGAUUCAGAUUGCGUGAUUUCAUUGGAAGGAGAAAGGAGACAUCUAAGCUUUCUGGUUUGCGCUGGGGUCCCCGGCGCAUGCAAUCAGAACCCCCUCAUGGGUGCUAUUUUGCUAUCACAGAAGCUCGUGAUUGGUCAACUACUGAUCAGAUGGUAUAGUUCCCCUCUGUCCCACACUGGCACCUCGCCACCCCCUUUCAGCUAAAACCCAAUCUCCGAUAAACUACUAAUAGCUAAACCACUUGGAAUAUAUAACACAACAAAUCAUAAACCCAGGAAAAGAACGGUACCCUCCCAAUGAGUUCCUAUUUUGUAAAUUCAACUUUCCCUGUUACUCUGCCCGGAGGACAAGAGUCUUUCUUGGGACAGAUACCGUUAUACUCCUCUGGAUACACGGAUCCUUUAAGACACUAUCCCGGAGCUGCAUAUGGAGCUACCAGUGUCCAGGACAAGUCUUACCCAUCUUAUUAUCACCAAACUAACAGUGGCUAUGGCCGGACAAAUACCGCUGGUAGUGCGUGCGAUUAUGCAGCAGCCAGUUUUUACAGAGAAAAGGACCCCGCCUGCGCGUUCGCCAGCCUAGAAGAACAUUCGCUUGUUCUAAGCCCAGACCAGCGGAAAUCAGACUCUACAGGGCAAAGUAAAAAUAUAUUCGCUGAUAACGAUGAACUGAAGUCGUCUGCACCAGUCUAUCCGUGGAUGCAAAGGAUGAAUUCGUGCAAUGGGACUUUUGGGAACACUGGCCGCAGAGGUCGUCAAACCUACACCCGAUACCAGACGCUGGAGUUAGAGAAAGAGUUUCAUUUUAACAGGUAUCUGACCAGGCGGCGUCGAAUUGAGAUUGCGCACGCACUGUGCCUGACUGAACGCCAGAUAAAGAUUUGGUUCCAGAACCGCCGGAUGAAGUGGAAAAAAGAAAACAAACUGAUAAACUCUUCACAAAACACAGCUGACGAGGAAGAAGAAAAGAGGACGGAAUAAUGGACAAGGAAAAGGAAAAAAAUGCAAAUGACUAGUGUGCAAUUGAAUAAAAUGGAGUUGCCUCUUUUUAAAAAUGUGCAGCAGUUUAGUCAUGCUAAGAUAUCUUGGUGUAGCAUUCCAAACGUUUAUCGCAUUUCCAUUUGUGAUUUUUUACUAUUUCGGGAAAACUAUAUGUUUGUGCCUCGUCUUCUCUUAUGACUAAGUACCGUGUCAAAACUAAUUGAAAUACGUGUCAUUCUCAUUAUGAUAUUUACGCAGUAUGUAAUUAAAAGGAAACUGCUCCUAACACA